CACAGCAGCAUGGCGGCGGCGGCGGCGGCUCGAGUGAGCGGGAAGGGCGAGGGCGAGUGAAGCCGAGAGCGGAGGAAGGAAGGAGGAGGGAAGAAGCGCGGCGCGGAUCAGAUCGGGUCUCCCCCCCCCCCCCCCCCCUCCCUGUGGGGGGAGCGAGCAGCAGCAGCUCGGCCCGAUGAACCUGGCCAGUCUGAACGGGGAGGGAGGCAGCAGCCAGCUCCUCUUCGCCAACUUCAACCAGGACACGACGUCCCUUGCAGUUGGAACCAAAUCUGGCUACAAGUUUUUCUCGCUUUCCUCAGUGGAUAAAUUGGAACAGAUCUAUGAAUGCACUGACACAGAAGAUGUAUGUAUUGUGGAACGACUGUUUUCUAGCAGUCUAGUAGCUAUCGUGAGCCUUAAAGCACCCAGAAAAUUGAAGGUUUGUCACUUUAAAAAAGGAACAGAGAUAUGCAACUACAGUUAUUCCAAUACUAUUCUGGCUGUCAAACUAAAUAGACAGAGAUUGAUAGUAUGCCUGGAGGAGAGUUUGUACAUUCACAAUAUCCGAGAUAUGAAAGUACUGCACACCAUUCGGGAAACACCACCAAAUCCCACAGGUUUGUGUGCACUUUCCAUUAAUAAUGACAAUUGCUACCUUGCGUACCCUGGUAGUGCAACAAUUGGGGAAGUACAGGUAUUCGAUACCAUCAAUCUGAGAGCUGCCAAUAUGAUCCCAGCACACGACAGUCCCCUUGCAGCUUUGGCAUUUGAUUCAAGUGGUUCAAAACUGGCAACAGCCUCUGAAAAGGGAACAGUAAUCCGAGUAUUCUCCAUUCCCGAAGGGCAGAAACUCUUUGAAUUCCGGAGGGGUGUUAAGAGAUGCGUGAGUAUCUGUUCACUAGCAUUCAGCAUGGACGGCAUGUUUCUGUCUGCCUCCAGCAACACGGAGACGGUACAUAUCUUCAAACUGGAGACACAAAAAGAAAAGCCACAGGAAGAACCAACCACAUGGACCGGGUACUUCGGGAAGGUGCUCAUGGCUUCCACCAGCUACCUGCCAUCGCAGGUCACGGAGAUGUUUAACCAGGGCAGGGCGUUUGCAACCGUCAGAUUGCCCUUCUCUGGACACAGAAACAUCUGUGCUUUGGCAACAAUUCAGAAGAUCCCUCGGCUACUGGUCGCAGCGGCAGAUGGCUAUCUCUACAUGUACAACCUGGACCCACAAGAAGGAGGCGAGUGCACCCUAAUGAAACAGCACAAGUUGGAUGGUAGUGUAGAAUCAGCCAACGAGAUUCUGGAGCCUUCACCACAUGAUCGUCCAUUAGUGUCUCAGACGUACAGUUCACCCGCUGCCAAAGUUAGUUAUACUCCGUCAUCACCCACACGGCACGCCUACUCAGAGGACCAAGGAGCAGUGGGCGGUAUUGAUCCAGAUGAUGAUUUGAAUAUUGGCACUCUGCGGAUGGAUGAGGACAAUGAGACGCCUCCCCUGAUUCUUAAGAGCGAGUGACCUUUUGACUUGUGAGCCGGCAAAGAACACUUGCAAUAGACUGAACUGUGAUGCUGCUGCAGACUUACAAUUGCAGGACAGAAAGUGAAGAAAAAUAUGGAUGGAACAUUUAAAAAAAAAAAGGAAAAAUUGUAGCUGUAGCUUAAUUCUAUAAUAUUGAACUCAAAAUAUAUUGUUUCUCCCCCAGUGGCUUUAAUUCCUGUAAAGAAUUUGAGUAAAUAUGUUUUUUCCCCCCAUUUGGCCAAAAAUUGCCGCCUUGUGCAGCCUUGGAGCCUUCUAGCUUUGCAUGUUUACAUGUGCCAAGUUUCGAGAAUUUAGGAGCCACUUUAAUCUUGCCAGACCGGUCGUUUUCUCAGUGUCGUCCCACUAGCUUCACCCGAACUGAAAGGUUUAAGGACACUUUAUUCCUCCAUUCAUGGACACAGGUUUCCAAAGCUGUAAGAUAGCAGCCCCAUCCCAACCACUUUCAGCCUCCCGCACCUGGAAUCCCCUGUGAGGUUUUGUCCAUUCACUUAAAUCAGACUCUCUGGUGUGAAAUUGUGGUCCUUCGAAUUUCAUUCCUUUGAGGGAACAACUAUGAAUAUUAUACUUUUAACACUUGCUCCAAAAGAGACGGUUCAUUAAAUGUGACACUAAGAAUGAAUCUCAUUUUUAAUCCAAAGGGUUUAAAUAUUGAGUGGAUAUUUGUAAGUUAAUCUGAAAAUAAAAGAUGGUAUCCCAUGUG